AUGGCAGAGGACGGGGCGCAGAAGCCGCAGCUGGAGAUGCCGCUGGUCCUGGACCAGGACCUGACCAAGCAGAUGCGCCUCCGCGUGGAGAGCCUGAAGCAGCGUGGGGAGAAGCGCCAGGACGGCGAGAAGCUGCUGCGGCCGGCCGAGUCCGUGUACCGCCUCGACUUCAUCCAGCAGCAGAAGCUGCAGUUCGAGCGCUGGAACGUGGUGCUGGACAAGGCGGGCAAGGUGACCAUCACGGGCACCUCGCAGAACUGGACGCCCGACCUCACCAACCUCAUGACGCGCCAGCUGCUGGACCCCGCGGCCAUCUUCUGGCGCAAGGAGGACUCGGAUGCCAUGGACUGGAACGAGGCCGACGCCCAGGAGUUCGGCGAGCGCCUGUCCGAGCUGGCCAAGGUGCGCAAGGUCAUGUACUUCCUCAUCACCUUCGGCGAGGGCGUGGAGCCCGCCAACCUCAAGGCCUCGGUGAUCUUCAACCAGCUCUGA